CAGGUAGUUACACCUUUGUAAACCUGUCUUGGGAUAAAAAUAGAUUUUUUCAUAGCAUGUCUUCAGGGCGGUGAGCUUACAAACUGGGGAUUGCAGAAUCGUGAACAUGAUGAAGAUGCUGCCUUGGGUGAAGACCCUGUGUGGGAUUAGUAUCCUUAUUGUUAUAGUUUGUGGGCAGGAGCCUCCCAGAUUUAUAAAGGAUAUGUCUAAUGUCAGGGUACGUGAGGAUACCACUGUAGGUAGUGUUGUGUACACCCUAUUGGCAGAGGGGGGAGGAACAGGACCUAUCACAUAUGGAAUGAUAGAGACUGAUAAAUUCUUUGUGGACAGGGCAACAGGUGAAGUCAAACUGAGAAGAUUGCUGGAUUAUGAGACAAAUCCUCAGCUAUUUGUAACAGUAACAGCACUGGGAAGCAAUAAUUUAAUGGCACAAAGGACUUCGAAAGUCAUUAUUGUUGACGCCAAUGAUAAUGCUCCAGAAUUUUCAGCUGAUACUUUGUCAUUCACAGUGUCUGAGGAUGCAGCUAUUGGCACAGUAGCAUAUGAUAGUUUGGUAAUCACAGACUUGGAUGUGUCUAACAGUGGACUUAUUACACUGGUAUGCAAUACCACCAAGGCUGCAGCAAGUCCUUAUCCUGAUGUUUGUAAUAAAUUCAAACUAAGAUUGAAGUCGGUAUCUAACAAGGACUGGAGGGGGUCAAUUUACUUGGAUGGCACCCUGGAUUAUGAAUCUAAACCAUUUUAUCAGAUGCCACUAACAGCAUUUGAUGGUAGGUUUUACACAGACAGAAGUUUAGAGAUCAGCGUCCUGAAUGUGCAGGAUGCUCCGCCCAGAUUUAUUAAAGCUAACGACAUCAACAAACCAGAAGGAAUACCAGCGAACACAAUUCUUGACUAUGUUCAAGCAAUUGAUGGGGAUUCAGACAAUCCAAGACAGAUCGUCUAUGAGUUCACACAGAGUACUGGAAAUAAGUUCUCCAUUAACACGACUACUGGAAAUAUCAGCAAUAACAUUGCAUUGGAUCGAGAAUCUCCAGAAUUUGCUUUAGGCUAUGAAGAUUUAGGAAUCAUUGCUCGUGAGGUGAUCAGUAAUAACCCUCUAGUGAAAGGGAACGACCCCCAGACAACGGCUAAAAUUUCCAUCCGGGUCAAUAUCUACGAUAUCAAUGACCAGGCUCCGACCUUCAACCCUGUCAACUAUGAGGUUACCAUCCCCGAGGAUAUCCCAAACAAAACGCCCCUCCCUAACCUCAGUCUGAGAGUCACUGAUCUAGAUGUUGGACCCAAUGGUGUAUACACACUGACCUUGGACCAAUACACCAAUGAGUUUGAGGUGUCUCCGGGGACAGGACAAGGGUCCACUCCAGCCAUCAUUCUGAUCCGAAACACCUCCCUCAUAGACUAUGAGAGGGGUCCUAGACAAUAUGUCAUGAAGAUCGUUGCCCAGGAAACCCAGACAGAGACGCCCCAGCAGUCUGGCACUGCUACAGUGACAGUCAACAUCCUGGAUGUCAAUGACAACCUGCCACAGUUCACACAGCCCAACUUCGAAGAGAGUAUAUUGGAAACUGCUCCAGGGGGCACCAGUGUCACCAAAAUACAGGCGACAGACCCGGACUCUGGUAUUCUUGGUACUGCUGGUAUUCGCUACGGCCUGAUUGGUGACGGCGUUAACCUGUUUCGUAUUGACCCAACUUCUGGGGUUGUUUUUGUGGAAAAUUGCCCAACCCCUGGGGCAGGAAGUUGCAUUGACUAUGAGAAGAAGCACCGCUAUGACAUGACGGUGACAGCUCGGGACAACAAUGGGCUGGGACAGGCUGUCACUAUCAACCUCAUCAUCAACAUCCUGGAUGUCAACGACAACCCCCCAGCAUUCACCACCUCAGACUAUACAAGUUACAUUGAGGAAAGCAAGAUAGAACCAAGUCCAGUUGUUAUAGUAACGGCUAAUGAUCCUGACUCCAACAGCCAGAUCUCAUAUUCAGUAAUUGCUGACCCCACCAACUUGUGGCAGAUAGAUCGAAACACCGGGAAGGUCACUGCCAAACAACCCAUAUUCUAUAGGGACACCCCUGCCAACCAGGGAUUCUUUAUAAUCACGGUGCAAGCAACAGAUGGCAAAUUCAACCCUACAGCAAAUGUCAAGAUCUUUGUCAUUGAUAUAAAUGACAAUGUUCCAGUGUUUGAAAGUACCAAUUACCGUGAAGUUAUAAGCGAAACCACAAGUGGAAAUGUAUAUGUUUUAACAGUCAAAGCCAAUGAUAAGGACUCCCCCACUACUGGAGCUGGAAUCAUUGAUUACAGCAUUGAGAUUGGAGCCAGUGGCAAGUUUGUUAUCAAUGGAACCACUGGUGUCAUUUCUACUUCCUUGGAUGCCACAUUUGAUUACGAUUUGACUCGCAUGUAUAAUAUGACUGUCAAGGCCAGAGACAGAGGUCGUCCCCAGCAGACAGGCACGUGUUAUGUCACCAUAGAGAUCACUGACACCAAUAACAAGGACCCUUACUUUACCCCCUCCACACAGAGAGCUGAUGUUUAUGAAAAUGUUGCCAUCGGAUUCAGUGUCCACAAGAUGAGAGCCGCUGAUCCGGAUGACAAUUCCAUGCUCAACUUUUUCUUGGUGGAACCCAUCUCUGCCAUCACACCAGAUGGAGUGCCAGUUGAUAGAAGCAACUAUGACAUCACCCAACUGUUUACCAUAAACCAACAGACAGGUGAUGUACAGACAAACAUUAAACUGGAUCGAGAUCGAGCCUCUGUGGUAACUCUCACGGUCCACGUAGUGGACGUGACAGCGACUCCACAGCAGACAGGAACAGGAAACCUCAUCAUCAACAUCCUGGAAUACAACGACCAACACCCCCAGUUCCUGCCAUACAACAAUGUAACCAUUGACGAGGAACAGCCAAUCGGAACAUUCGUUAUGGCAUUGCUGGCCACGGAUCAAGAUGAUCCUAUUGCAGAGUACCAGAUUAUUCAAAAUCCAGAUAACUUUUUUGCCAUUGGAUAUCAGACAGGUGUUGUCAGUAUCAGUAGUCGGGUUGAUUUUGAGGAGGUGGAAUUUUCUCAGUUCACUGCUCAGGUGUGGGACAGUGGAACCCCUCGCCUUGGUAACACGACCACUGUGUAUGUCACCAUCAGGAACAUCAACGACAACUCUCCCAUAUUUAAUCAGGGUGCUUACACAGUUCGUAUACCAGAAAAUUCGAAGGGAGGAAAAUUUGUGACAAAUGUUUUUGCAACUGAUAAAGACAAAGGAGACUAUGGGGUAGUUCGAUAUGCCUUGGAUUCUGAGGAAACACGAUUUACCAUUAACAACAUCUCAGGUGAAAUAUUUGUUGCACCAGGAGCAAAAUUAGAUCGUGAGGAGUUGAGUGAACUCGACAUACAGGUCACUGCCUACGACAGCCCUCUUCAUGCGGUUGUUCGCAGAUUCUCAACUGUUACAGUGUACAUCACCCUACAAGAUGAGAAUGACAACCCUCCCAAGUUCAACCAGCCCGAGUAUCUCCAGCAGAUCAUUGAGACUAUUCCUAUCUACACCCACGUGCUGCAGGUGUUUGCCAGCGAUCCUGAUGAUGGGAACAAUGCCAGGUUACAGUUCUCCAAGGUGCCUGGCUCAGGAGACCCUGACAAUUUCUUUGCAAUUGAACCAACAAAUGGUAGAAUUCGAGUAGAUAGAAGCUUGCUGAGGAAUUCUGGGACUUACGUAUUUCACAUCAUGGCCCGUGAUGAAGGUGGGAGUGGACCGUUUAAUAGCACAGCCAAAGUUACCAUUAUUGUCCUAGAGGCCACAAACUCUCCUCCAGAAUGGACCAUUCCACCCUUAGACAACAUGACCAUCAAUGUAUUAGAGGAGCAGUACCUCGGGAUGUUGGUGUACGAUGUGGAAGCCAAGGACUCCGAUCGCAAUGAUAACGGCAUCAUCGACUAUGGAUUCUAUGUCAAUGGUGUUUACACCACCAUCACCAAUGAGUUCCGUAUCAACCCAAUCACAGGUGUCAUCAGAGCCGAAAAGGUGUACGACAGGGAGACCCGAGACCGCUACCUGCUUCUGCUUGUUGCCCGUGAUCGAGGAGACCCAUUCCUGGAGACCACGCGGUAUUUAUCCAUCAAAAUCCUGGAUGUUAACGAUAAUGAUCCCAAAUUUCCAACCAAUUCUAAUGGUGAGACAAAAGAGAUCCAGUUUGAGGACAUUGAUGAGAACAAACCAGUCAACUCUUCCCUUGGGAGACUGCUUGGGAGUAGUUUUGAGGCCAAGGACAUAGAUGAUGCUCAGUACUCCAAGGUCUUCUAUUACAUCAUCAGUGGAAAUGAGAAGGGAUAUUUCCGAUUGAUUCCUGAGACUGGAGAUCUGAUUUUGACAAAGAGGCUGGAUAGAGAAGAACAGAGUGUGUAUCUGUUGGACAUACAGGCCACUAACAAUAUAAGUGAUUACACAGUUAUCCGGAGUCGGCGCCGGAGGGCCAUGGAUCCAAGCAUCGCCACCUGGAGGAUCCAGAUCAAGAAUGCCAACGAUGUUCGACCAGAUUUUACCCAGAAUCUCUACCAUGGGUGUAUCUCUGUCCGUUCUUCCCUUGGUCAGAGCAUUUUGAAGGUGGAGGCUGUGGAUGCAGACUCUGUGGGAUCUGUGACCUACUCCAUUCAGCAGGGGAACAGGGAUAAUGCGAUUGGGAUUGACUCCCGCUCCGGUGUCCUGUAUAAUGCGGUCCUGAUGAACAGCUACGGGGGACAGACUUUUGACCUGAAGCUUCGGGCCACAGACCAGGGAACACUGUAUCACAACACCACUGCCCUGAUAUUUGUGACCGAGCCGACUAGACAAGUCAAGUUGGUUCUUAAACAACCAGCUACUGAAGUCAGGCAGUUCUUUGAACAAAUUAAGAAAUCCCUCCAGAAACUUACCCUACAGAAUGGGGACUUUAUUUUUGACUAUGUAUGCGCCACCCAAAUUGUUGACCAUGUUCUAGAUGAUGGACAGACUACAUCCAUCUGGUCAUCUGAUACGCUAUGGUCUGACGUGUACAUAUCUGGCAUCCGUCGUAACUAUAACGGAGCCUCGUACUACAUCUAUCCCACGACUGAAUUACUGAAUCUCCUAAACCAACAAAGAUCAGCCAACAGUGACCAGUUUGAUAUGUUAUAUAUACAGAACAUUGAGGCGGGCAAUGCAGAGAAGAACUACCUGGACCGGACGCCCACAAUGGUGGUGAUGAUACUAGUCAUCAUCCUCAUCAUCCUCGCUCUCCUCUUCCUCCUGCUGGCAUGUUGGUGUAUCAGAAGCAGGCGUAAACAGAAAGAAGAGAGACUGCGAUACAAGAGCAGUUUCAGAGGAGGGUAUGAUCCAUCUUUCCAACAAGUACCAGAGUUCAAGAUAUAUGAUAACUCCGGCUUCCAGAACGAUGAACCAGUUCCUCGAGAACCAAUGUAUGCCAAAGUCGGGAAGGGCCGGCUGGAUGAGAGAGCUCCAGAACCUAUCCCUCAGCAGAUUGAGGAGAUCAAUGUAGAAAUUAGGGACGCUAGUCCAGAUUCUAGCCCCCCACCCAGCCCCCCUCCAAGUCCCAAAGACACCCCACGACUGUCGGAGCCUGCCGAAGAGGAUUACAGGAUAGAGACAGAAGUGAUGUAACCUUAAGCAACGUGUUAAAUCAUUGAUACCCAGCAAUAGUGCUGAAUCAUCAUCAAAUACUAGAGACAUACAGACAGAGAAAUGUAUUACUUCAAUGUAUCACUUGCCAUGUUGUUAGAUUAGGAGAGAACAAUCUCAAAAAAAGUAUAGGAUGUACUAGUAAUUCAUGCUCUCCUUGAAGCUUAUUUAUGUAUGUCGAAUUGUUUUUCUUUGGGGGGUUUGUAUGAAAUCUAUUGUCAACGGAAGUUAACAAGUCUUGUUGUAUUCUAAAACAUUUUUCUGAUUGAUAGAGAAAUCUUGAAGAUGACAUCAGUAUUUGAAAUCAGAUCUUAAGAUGCCGAGUUGGUAAAUUGUAAUUUAUACAUACAUGGAUUCUUUUGCAUUAGCACAAUGAUAUGAAAUGCUCCAUUUUUCUACUGUUUGUUAUUGAAUGAUAGAUUAUAGAAAAACACACAGUUUCAUUGAUGGAUGUGUUUGUAUGUGUUUUUGAAAAGUAUUUCUGCUUUUUUAUAUGUCAUUAACCAUUUUGAUACAAAUAUAUUUUUAUAUUUAAAUAAAACUUGAAUGAAAAUUGU